AUGGGUAUUAAUAAUCCAAUUCCAAGAAGCUUGAAAAGCGAAUCAAAAAAAGCAGCAAAAAUCUUAUCAUCAUUUAUCAAACCCAAUCAAAUAGCUGGCCCUGAUCAAGUUAUCCCUCCAAGAAUUUUGAAAAAUGCCAAAGGAUUGGCAAUUAUAACUGUUUUAAAAGCAGGUUUUUUGUUUUCUGGUAGAGCUGGAUCAGGUGUGAUAGUUGCACGUUUGCCAGAUGGAUCUUGGUCAGCACCUUCAGCAAUUGUUACUGCUGGUGCUGGUGUAGGUGGUCAAAUUGGGGCCGAAUUGACAGAUUUCGUGUUUGUAUUAAAUACUAAGGCUGCAGUUGAUACUUUUGCUCAAUUAGGAUCGGUGACUUUGGGUACUAACGUAUCUAUUGCUGCUGGACCAUUGGGUAGAAGUGCAGAAGCAGCAGGGACUGCCACUGUUGGUAGUGUAUCCGCAGUUUUUGCUUAUUCCAAAACAAAAGGGUUAUUUGCUGGUGUAUCAUUGGAAGGUUCAGCAAUUGUUGAAAGAAGAGAAGCUAAUAGAAAAUUUUACGGAAGCAACUGUAAGGCAAGAAAUAUUCUUGCCGGUCAAGUGGAUAUCCCUCCUGCUUGUGAAGCAUUGAUGAGAGUAUUGGAUUCAAGAGUUUUCAGUAACAAACUCCCUUAUGAUGAAGAUGAUCUUUACAAUGAUGACUAUUAUGACGAUAUUCCAGAUGAUUUUUCAGACACCACAUCAGAUUACUCAUCAGCUUCUAGAAAUCGCCGAGGCACUGUUUCAUCAAGCAGAUCAAGGAGACGUGGCAAUUCCAAUGGCUAUUAUUCAUCUGAUGAAGAUCAAUACUCCUCAGAGGAUGACUAUGGUUACUCUCGAAAUAGGCGAACAUCAACAAGAGGUACAUCUUCAGGAGGGAGUGCUGGUGGACGGAAAACAGCCAAUUGGGAAGAUGAUAUAUACGAUACUAAUUAUAAUAACAAAUCCAGGUCAAGAGGUAACAGUGAUGUGGAUAGAUUGGGGUCACGUUUAGGAAGUACUAGAUUGUCUCCAAGGAAAUCAGAUCAAGGAUCAUCUGGUGCACCAUCGCGGCCAUCAGUUGCCUCAAAACCCAAUUUUGGUGGUGCUCAAAAAUCAAAUGCAACACAAGCAAUUGCCUUAUAUACAUUCAAAGGAGAACAAAGUGGAGAUUUACCUUUCAAAAAAGGUGAUGUAAUUGAUAUUCUUAAAAAAACUGAUACUAUUGAUGAUUGGUGGACAGGAAGGAACAAUGGUUUAACUGGUAUUUUCCCAGCAAACUAUGUUGAAUUGAUUUGA